ACAAUGUUGACUCUCAUACUGAUAACGACAAUUUUUGUGCUGAUGUCAUUUUUAUUCAGCAUUUUCUACAAAAAACAUCAAUUUUGGCGAAAUUCUGGCGUGCCUUACGUCGAAUCACCAUUUUUGCUCGGAAAUUUCUUCCGAACGACAUUUUCAAAAGAAAGUACUGCCGAAACGAUAAAUCAAAUUUACAACCAUCCAAACGCCAAAAAUGAACCUUUUGUUGGUUUUCAUCUUUUUCAUCAACCUGCGUUGCUGUUACGCGAUCCGGAAUGCGUCAAAGAGGUUCUUGUGAAGAAUUUUCAACAUUUUACGAAUCGUUAUGCGGGAUCCGAUCCCGCCGUUGAUCCAGUUGGCGGUUUGAACAUGUUCCAAGUGAACAAUCCGUUGUGGAAAAUAAUUCGAACGAAACUUUCGCCGGUUUUUACGAGCGGAAAAAUGAAGCAAAUGCUUUAUAUGGUCGAAAAAGUGGGGCAGGAUUUAAUGGAAGUCGUAUCAAAAUGCGUAAAAGAUGGCGAUGGAGUCCUGGAAAUUCGAUAUUUGUUCUCAAUGUUCACCAUUGACGCCAUUUCGCUCGUCGCUUUUGCCACAGAGUCGAAUUGUUUGAAGGAUCCGAUAAAUUCUGAAUUUCUCCGAAAUGCCAAAGAAGCUUUUCAGAGCACGUGGAAGGACAAAGUCUCGGGAAAUCUCAUGCUUUUCCUUCCGCCAAUCAUGAGUUUUCUCAAAAUGAAGACUUUUAAUCCGAAUUUCGAGAAUUUUCUUCGGCGGAUGUUCCAAGAAGUAAUGAACGAUCGCGAACAAAAUGGCGGACAACGUAACGAUUUUAUCGACUUUUUGGUGGCUUUGAAACGCGAAGAAGCCACAAAUAACGAGGGAAUUUUCACGGAAGACGUUAUGGUAGCUCAAGCUGCUCUCUUUUUCUUCGCUGGCUUUGAAACUUCAAGUUCAACGCUUGAAUUUGUGUUUUACGAAUUGGCGCGAAAUCCAGAAAUCCAAAAGAAGGUUAGUGACGAAAUUCGUGCCGCAAUGAAGGAUGAAGGAAAAAUCUCUUAUGAAAUGAUUACAAAUCGACUUCCUUACACGACGAACGUGAUUCAUGAAACGCUUCGACUUUAUCCGAUCGUGCCAAUGAUGGAUCGUGUUUGUGUUGCUCCCGAAGGCUUUACUUUGAAAUCUGAUGCGAAAUCCGUUCAUUUGCCUCAAGGGAUGCCAAUUUAUAUUCCCGCCUUUUCGAUGCAACGCGAUCCAAAUUACUUUGAUGAACCGGAAAAGUUCGAUCCAGAUAGAUUUGAUAAGGAAAAACAGGAGGUAGGGGAAUAUUCUUAUAUGCCGUUUGGGAUUGGGCCGAGAAGUUGCAUCGGAGAAAGGUUUGCAAUGAUGCAGAUGAGAACAGCAAUGGCGAUGAUUUUUGAUAAAUUUAAUGUAGAAAUGACGGAAAAUACGCCGAAAAACUUUAAAUUUGAUAAGAGUCAGAUUUUGUUGCAUCCUGAUGAGGAAAUUUUGUUGAAGUUUGUACCGGUUUCAUAAAUCGGUUAA